AUAAACGGACAAGUGUGCUGAGUGCUGACGUCAUACUCGACGUCAACUGACUACAACAGUUUCUCAAAAAAGUCGUACACCUCUCCCAUUUUUUAACGAAAUGCUGAAAACAUGUAUUUGUUCACAGACAACACGUUCUUGAGUCAAUCAUGACAUCACUGUCAUCAUCUCAUUUGACGGGGUCGAGCUCAACAUGCAGGACCCUUCCUGGGGAGGGGAGCCAGGUCCACCCCAGGGCUCCCCUCCUGCAGAUACUGAGAGUGGCAGGUGCUCAGGAGGAGGUGUUUACUCUGAAGGAGGUCAUGCACUAUCUGGGUCAGUACAUCAUGAUGAAGCAGCUGUAUGACAAACAAAGGCAACACAUCGUCCACUGUCAAGAUGACCCACUCGGAGAGCUGCUGGAAGUGGGGAGCUUUUCUGUUAAGAACCCCAGUCCUGUGUAUGAGAUGCUGAAGAAGAAUUUGGUUAUUUUGAAUAAUUCGGAUGCUGAAAAGAAUCUUUCAGUCGGCAAGGGUUCUAAUGAGUCUCCAAGUGAAGAUCCUGGUCAGGUGUCCUGUGGGUCAGUUAGCAAUGGACAAGGUCUCAAUGCCAGCAGUACGAGCACCACUGCUACGCAGAGCUCCUCUCAACGCAGGCCACGUGAUCCUGAUGAAGAUUCUUCAGACGGCUUACCCAGGUCUGCUUGCAAGCGGCCAAAGCUGGACGUGGCUCUGGAAGAAUUGGAACUUUCAGGAUUGCCUUGGUGGUUUCUGGGUAACCUGCGAAGUAAUUACACUCGGCGGAGCAAUGGUUCAACAGAUAUCCAUACUAAUCAACUCUCUCCCGUACAGGAUGAGGACACAGCCAUCGUGUCUGACACCACAGAUGAUCUGUGGUUCCUCAAUGAGGCGGAGAGUGAGCAGCUGAGCGUGGAGAUGAAGGAGGCCGUGCUGGAGCAGGGCAGUGAUGCAGACUCGCCGCAUGAAGAGGAGGAGACUGGAAGAGACAGUAAAGAUGACAGCAAGAUGAAGGAAGACCAGGAUGAGGACUCGCAGUGUUUGAGUGAUGACACCGAUACAGAGAUCUCCACUCAGGAUACGUGGCAAUGCUCAGAGUGCCGCAAAUUCAACACACCGCUCCAGAGGUACUGCAUGCGCUGCUGGGCUCUGCGGAAGGACUGGUACAAGGACUGUCCUCGUCUCGUGCACUCCAUCUCUGUUCCGGACAUCCCCAUCUGCACUUCACGUCCUGAGAGGGAUGAAGAUGAGGAGGAAGAUGAUGGAAUCGACAUGCCCGACUGCCUCAGGACUGUGUCUGACCCAGUUGUCCUCCCUUCACAUCAAGUCUCUAGAAACCUCCCCCCUUCGUCCGCUUCUUCGUCUAAAGGGAAGGGCCCUUCACAGCUUCACCACUUGCAGGAGAGCUCAGAGGGUGACAGCCAGGACACCCUGGACAUGGAGACCGAAUGCCAUCCGGAGGCCAUACUGGAGCCCUGCAAGCUGUGCCGGGUGCGGCCGCGCAACGGCAACAUCAUCCACGGGCGCACCGGUCACAUGAUCACCUGCUUUCCCUGUGCACGCAAGUUGCACAAGUUUCACGCGCCAUGCCCGGGGUGUGGGCAGAUUAUACAGAAGGUCAUCAAAACGUUUAUAGCAUGACUCAAACAGGACAAUUCACAGGCAUGCAUCACAAACACAUUUGCGUAUCAUUCGUGAAACGGUUUUCGUGUACAUAAUGGAGGAGGAAAUACAUGAAACACUGCUAGGCUAAAAUGAAAGCAUAGAGUAGUGUAUCUAUAUUGAUUUGCGGUGUUUAGUACAAAGUAAGUAAUGAUAAUAUACCGAAUAUAAUUUAACUGUGAUGCAUUGAAACAGGCCUCGGAAUAAUGCUUUGCCAUCGUUUUUAUUAGCAUAGGUUGUCUAAAUAGAGUGAUUUGUUCCUUUUUCUGUUAGGUGAAGACAGUGCUACUGCCUGAUAAGUGAAGAAGGUAUGAAAACAAGUCAGAUGACUAUAAUGGAUGCAAAUGAAAUGCGUGGCUUCAGUAAAUGUGCCUGCAUAAACACAUUUAAAACCUUAUAGUACUUAGUAAAGUUUAGACAAAAUUUUACAGCGUUUGGCAAGCAUUUCACUUAAGAGCCCUUUCAACACACUUGACCAAUUUUGCUUUUAUUUGAUUGAGAAAAUAAUUUAGUUUCUUUCCCCUCUGGAUUCUGGCACUUAAAAACUAAAGCCUUGGGCAACACUGUGGUGAUGUCUAUUGACCUGGUGGAGGGAUUUGUGGAAAGGUGCUUUAAACAGAUUGUACUGGAAUAUUUAUUUAUUUAUAAACUUGAGACUUAUUCUGAUGGUAUGACCAAAGUUUGCUUAACAAGAAGAACCUGUUGUAUUACUUCUCAUAUAGUGUUAAAUAAUCGUCAAUGGUGUCGUACAGGAGCUUCAGCGAGAAGCCUUAACUUCUUUUCCAUAGAACUUACAGGCUGACGUCAUGCUUUCCAACUAUUGGUUUCUUAAAAGGAUAGUUCACCAAAAAAUGAAAAUUCUGUCAUUUACUCACCGUCAGAUUGUUCCAAACCGGCAAAAUUUUGUUUGUGCUGCUAAACUCAUAGGAAGAUAUUUGGAAGAAUGUCAGUAGCCAAACAGAUCUCAGCCCCCAUUGAUGUAUUUAUUUUCCCUACUAUGGGAGUAAAUGGGGGAUGAGAUCUGUCUGGUUACUGACAUUCUUCCAAAUAUCGUUCUUUGUGUUCAGAGAGUAAAUAAUAACAGAAUUUUCAUUUUUGGGUGAACUAUCCCUUUAAGAAGCUCCAAUUCCUCUUUGCUUGUUUGUUUGAUCCCACAUAAUUCAGGGCUGUUUGGCCUCUAUUUGUGCCUUCCUUUCUGUUUUAGUUCACCCACACCCGUUCACUCGUGCCUGUUGAAGGAAAUGUAUAGGAUGUAAUGGUAUGUAGCAUGUCAUGCUGAUUAUAUGUAUACGAGAAGUUAGUGGAUGGGUUCAUUUCUGCUUGUUCUCCAGAUGUCCUACAUUUAACAGCCAGGUGAGAUGACACGAGAAAAUGUGAUGUCUUUGGACUGUCACGCUUCUUAUGGACAAUACUCACAAUGAGGAGUUUCAGUGAUCUUUUGAAACGCUUGUUUUUAUGGUUGAAAGGUCAAAAGGACUGAUGCUGAUUUGAAGCGCAUUUUUGCGAGUUUAUGUGGGGUAUUGUCAUCUGUUUUUGUUAAUACCGCUGUGUUAUUUCAGUACUUAAGUGAAAUGAAGUGCAGCUGUAGAUGAUUUCAGCUGUAAUAUUGUCCUCAGCCACUAGAGGGCGAAAGAGCCACACGCAAUGGAUUCACGGUACUUGCUUUUCUUUUGCUGAAGUACUCUGUGCUUUUGUUUUGUUUUUCUAGUUAAUACUGUGUAAUUUAACCUAUUGGGAUGUGAUGGCUAUACUGAUAGCCUAUUUCCAAUGACCAGAACAUUCUAGUGUGGUACAACAUUGCUACAUCACUGCCAUUAUACCGCAUAGUAUGGAAUCUGAAACAAAUUCAUCCUAUGCCAAUGCAAUUAUAUAAUGAAGUUUGUUUGUUUGUGUGUUUUAUCCAGUUUUUUUCUCAGAUUCAAUUUGAACAUUAUUUCUUUGUUUUAAGUAAAUAAUCUAACCAAUAAAAAGAGGAAAAAAUGCUCUUCUUUCUCCUUACUUGCAACCAUAGGCCGUUGUUUUGGAUAGCAAUAUCUUGAAAUUAUUAUCUAAACUGUAUGAAACCUGCAAACCUAAAUCGAGAAAAUGGAUAGGUGGGUGUUGUUUUUUUCUACCACAAGAUUUUCUUUUUCUAAAGCAGUAUUAGGACCUUUUAUUUAAAGAUCCUUGAAACAUUCUUACAGCAUUUUGGUGACCAGCCUUUGGGUUAGUUUGUUUACAUUUUAUACGUAUAGACGCAACACUGUUCGUUUUCUGUCGAUGGUCAUGAACUUUAUCUGUGAAUGAUGUGUGAAUUAAAAAUGACAUUCUGCUUGUUUCUGUCCGUCAGCCCUGUCCAAUGGGAGAUGCAGUGAUGUCAUUGGAAAUCAAUAAUGAAAGUGUCUCUAGAGGUCAGAAUCCUUGCUGAAGGAUAAUUGGGUUCUUCCUUUAAUCGCACCUCUAAUCUCUCACCAGCUCAGGUCUUUACCUUAAUGGGCCUACCAUCAUCAGGUUACAUCUGUUAAACUGACAGAAGCCGGUUGGUGAGUGCUAAAAGGCACCAUGCUCGCACAUCAACGCCACGCACUGUAUGUCCAUGCCAUAUUGUUAGUUAAAUGAUCAGACUUUAGAUGUAUUU